ACUGUUCGGUUUCUGACCCGAAGAUUCAUUGGUGAAUACGGGAAUAUUGAAUCCAUUUAUAAUCACAACGUGAAGAUGGCCGGCCAGAGAGCAUCGUUUAAUAUCUGGGACUCGGCCUGCCCCCAGAUGGCCAACCUCCAGAGCUACCUGAACGAGAAACAGCUUCACUGGGCCGACGGUUUCAUUAUCGUCUACAGCAUCUGCGACCGAGCCAGUUUCGCUUUCGCCCGUCAUCAGCUCCAUUGGCUCCGACGUUCAAAGAGGAGGAACGGGGCGGGAAAGGUGCCCAUCGUUUUGGUGGGCAACAAACGAGACUUGGCGCACCAGCGGGCCGUAUCCAGCGAGGAAGGCCGGCUUUUGGCCCUGUCCACCAACUCUGGCUUUUUUGAAAUUUCCACCGCCGAGACCUACCACGGUUCUUCGGUGGUCUUCCAUGAACUUCUCAACAUGGUGCAGGACUCGAAGAGGUUCGCUAAGAAAACGGUGGGAAUCCGGGAGAUUAUCCGCAGCGUGUCGGCCAUCUUUGGGCGAAGAAGGACGGACUGAAUGAAGCUUGGCUGGGCAGGAAAACUAAGAGCAAAUGUUAACA